AUGAAGCGUUUCUCCUGUGCGUUUUAUUUUAUAUUUUUGGCCAUAUUCGACCAAACGGCUCUUCUUGUUUGGACAGUUAAUCGUCUUACACGUGAACUUACUGAUGUUCAAUUAAGAAAUCGAAAUGAUAUACUAUGUAAAUUGUAUCUUCUACUUUUCUAUUAUUCAGCUCAAGCAGCCAUAUGGAUGCUUGUAUUGGCCACAUUUGAUCGCCUCUAUUUCACUCUUAAAAUAUGGCGCAAGACUUUUAUAUUUGGCAGUAAUUUUUCACUAAAUCGUCGAUCAUAUUUAAUUUUAUCUCUUCCAGUUGUUCUCAUUGCUCUUUUAUGCAGUAAUGCUAUACUCUUUGGUUCAUCCAUUCAAUAUUUUCCAGACACCAACGAGACUGCCUGUAUUAUAAUUAACAAAAAGAUUAACAGUGCCUAUGCGGUAAUUGAUUUUUGUGUCUAUGCCAUUGUUCCAUCUCUUUGUAUGUUGACAGGCGAUUCUAUUAUUCUCUGGAUCAUUCGAAAAAGUCGAUCACGAGUUCAUGUGAACGUUAAUAGUAGCAAUCACUAUCAAUAUGAUAUUCAUUUGUCAUUAGUUCUUGUCGCUAUCUCAGUUAUAUUUUUGAUAAUAGCUACACCAUAUAACAUUCUCGUUCUCAUGUACAAUUUUAAGCUGUUUAAUCCUGAUGAAACGACAAUAAUUAUUUAUGACACGGCAUAUGAUCUGGCUGGUCUUCUAUCGUGUGUUACUCAUGCAAUGCACUUUUAUCUCUUCAUACUCAUUAGUAAAUCUAUUCGAAAACAAUUUACACUAUUAGUACUGUCAUUUAUUCGAUAUUUAUCUGUUGGACACGCAAAUGUUCGUAGACGAUUAACACUACAGAAUAAACCAUCCUCCAUUAUAUCAUCGACUCAAAUACGACAAACUUAA